AAUUUCUUUUUAACAUCAGAAAGAUGGAAUAUUGUAACUAUUAAUUGUGAUUUGAUGUCGUCAAGUGAGCUUAUUGAUACCAAUUGAUAUUCUAAACUAAUUUAUGUAAACGUUGCACUUCCAUGAAAUAAAAAUCAUUUUGAAAUUUUGCACCUAAUUAUAUAAUCUUAUUCGCUCAACAUAUCAUGAAUAAAUUACGUUUUAGAUAUCCUUUGUGUUCAUUUAAAGAUAAUAAUGCGUGUUCCUUGACUGCGCUGUUUACAACCUUUCUGGUCUAUUACGCAUAAAUAUGUUCUUGCUUGUCAUUGCUAAACAUGUUUGUUCUUCUUACAAUCAUUAUUAUAUUUUUUUUUAAAUUGGCGCUGUCUUGACCUUGAUCUAUAAAAACACUGAAAAAAGUUCCCGGAAAAGACCAUAUGAAGAUUUUCCGAGAAUUUUGCACUAGUGCUAGUAAAUGUGCACCACAUGCAUAUAUAAACCUUAUUGAAAUAGAGAGACAAAAUAGACUGCAUAAUACGCAUCAAAUAAAUAUAGCUAUUAGAAAGACCAUGAUGUCUUUAAAAAUUUUGUUAGCGUAUUGGAUAUUGUUGUUCUUUGUUUUCCGCUGCAUUGUUCCUAGUUUAGGCGUCAGUUGUAAGGGGUUUGGACACCACAAUCCUCCUGAUGAUUGGUUUGUUCUGUACAAACUUCCCAGGAAAAUAAAUGAUGAAAAUAGACUUGUUCAGAAGGGAAACGCCUUUAUUUACAUAACCUCAAAACAGCAGAAGUGGGCAUUUUCUGAAAUUGGAAUUGAUGACAAAUUCACACCAAUAUACAAUACACUCCAACAAAUAUAUGAUCGGCCUAAUAACUCAGGGUUAGACUUUGUAAUGUAUAAUGACCAACCUCCAAAUACGGAAAGAGUUGCAACCAUAGCUGGACAAACAAAAGGCGCGUUUGCUUUUGAUGAACUUGGAGGCUUUUGGAUGAUUACAAGUACCCCUCGUUUCCCGAUGCCUUUCAAUUCAAAAUACACCUAUGUUUUUCCCGAGAGGUAUUUGGAGAGCAGUCAAAUAAUCAUCUGCAUAUCACUGGACAAGGAUCAGAAACAAACAUUGAAAAAUGUUUUUGAGUUUGCCAGACGUAGAUUAAGUCGCAAGGAAAUGACAGUUCAUACGACACCUAGAACUUCAGCUGAGUUAAAAAAUAAUCAUAUGCGACAAGUAAGACUGUUAAUGUUCAUGCUUCCACUGCCAAAUCCUCAUGUAUUACAAUGGAUGUCUUCAUCUGACAGCUCAAAGUGGGCGGUGACAAAGGAUUUCAUAUGCAUUGGAGAUCUGAACAGAAAUGAGCAACAAUUGAGCCGAGGAGGGGGACUUCUUUGUAUGAGGAACCCCGAAGUUGCAGCCCAGUUUGAAUCUCUGGUAGCAUGUUCUUCUGUACUAAAUGAAGAUGUUUCGUAUGUUGGUUAUAUGGUUGAAGCUGUAGCAGAUAUGUUCUUUUGUUGUUUCUGGUCACACAACUACUAUGAAGAUAG